AUGGAUCCCAACAACCCCCGCGAAGCCUGGUCACGCAUCCAGAGUGCCAUCUCGCGAGCGUCGCAGCAGGGCGGUGGCAGAGGUGCGCCGAAGGGUGUUCUUGGUGGGGGCGCUGCGCUAGCGCUGCUCGGCGGGGCCUUUAUCACUUUUAACAGUGCAAUCUUCAACGUGGACGGUGGUCACCGUGCGAUCAAGUACACCCGUCUCGGAGGUGUCAAGAAGGAGAUCUACAAUGAAGGUAUAACUGCUAGACCAUCUUUACCUCUUGCCUCUCGCUUUGAUAGCGGCCAUUGUGGCCUUCUCCGGAGGUUCACGGAAUCAGUUAUGUGUCGAAUGAGCCCAUUUACUAAUCCGAGCUCACCCCCAGGAACCCACUUCAUGAUCCCAUGGCUCGAGACGCCCAUCACCUACGACGUCCGCGCAAAGCCGCGCAACGUCGCCUCCCUCACCGGCACCAAGGACCUGCAGAUGGUCAACAUCACCUGCCGUGUGCUGUCCCGCCCGCGCGUCGACGCCCUCCCGUCCAUCUACCGCACGCUCGGCACCGACUACGACGAGCGCGUGCUCCCCUCCAUCGUCAACGAGGUCCUCAAGUCCGUCGUCGCCCAGUUCAACGCCUCGCAGCUCAUCACCCAGCGUGAGUCCGUGUCCCGCCUCGUGCGCGACAACCUCGUCAAGCGUGCUGCCCGCUUCAACAUCCUGCUGGACGACGUCUCGCUGACCCACCUCGCCUUCUCCCCCGAGUUCACGGCCGCCGUCGAGUCCAAGCAGGUUGCGCAGCAGGAGGCGCAGAGGGCCGCCUUCGUCGUCGACAAGGCCCGCCAGGAGAAGCAGGCCAUGAUUGUCCGCGCGCAGGGUGAGGCGCGCUCCGCAGAGCUCAUUGGCGACGCUAUCAAGAAGUCAAAGUCGUACGUCGAGCUCAAGAAGAUUGAGAAUGCGCGCAGCAUAGCGGCCAUCUUGCAGGAGAAUGGCGGCCGCAAUAAGCUCUUCCUCGACACGGACGGGCUGGGGCUGAAUGUCAUGGAGAACCGCAAGUAG